AUUCUUGCGCCGACUUUUAACAUUCAUCCUGUCGCAAAGCGGAAAUGUUCCGAGCAUUUUCCUCCCGUACUCUUUUUCUCCUCCACAACGCGUCUUGCCCACGCACAAGUGGGAAGGUGCCACGAGAGGUGUUGAAGCAAGCGAGUCCCCCUCGGCUGGCGCCAGGCAGGGCGGUCUCCACGGCGGCCGGUGCCACUCCUCCGCCGCCGUGCCAUUGACGGCUGCAAGGUGGGCGGCAGGGUUUGGCGCUGCAUGCCCCAGUAAACCCAAUGGCAACAAGCACAUCAGGAGGAGCACAGCCACAGAUGGACAGACGGCUCCUGAGAGCAGCCACAGAUGGUGAUUUAAUAUCAUUGAAGAAAUUGGCUGCAGAAAAUCCAAGCAUGCUGCUUGGAACAACUCUUCAGGGGAACACCUGCCUCCACAUAUCAUCUUUUCAUGGCCAUGAGGAAUUCUGCAAGGAUGUGUUGGCGCUAGACCAUUCUCUCCUCUCAAAGGUCAACUUGGAGAAGGAGACGCCACUUAUCGUUGCUGUGACAGGUGGUCACGCUACUUUAGCUUCCUUAUUACUCAAACUCUGUCCUAGUAAGACAAUCUUAGCAGAGGACAAGAACAAAUGUAAUGCACUGCACCAUGCCAUCUGUUGUGGCCAUAAGAAACUUGCACUAGACUUAAUAGAUGCAGAGCCGGCCUUGUCAAAAGGUGUGAACGAAUAUUGCGAGUCACCCAUGUUCGUCGCGGUGAUGAGAGGUUUCACAGAUGUUACUGAGAAACUGCUGGAAAUUCCUGGUUCUGCUUAUUCCGGACCCCACAAAUACAAUGCCCUGCAUGCUGCGGUGAGGAAUGGAAAUUCAGCUGUCGCUGAAAAAAUCAUGGGUAAAUAUUCUCAGCUGGCCACAGAAGAAUCUGUGCGAGGGAGUAGUCCUGUGAAAAGUGCUGUACUUCGAGAUAAAGCCAACGUGCUACGAGUACUGUUGAAAUGUGACCGCUCUUUAGGGUAUGGAGUAACCAAAACUGGCGGUAUUCCUCUCCUUGUUUAUGCUGCAUAUCGAGGUCAUAUUGAUGUUGCUCGAGUACUUCUUUACCAUUGUCCAGAUGCUCCUUAUAGCAAACCAGAUGGUUGGACAUGUCUUCAUGAAGCUGUGGAAGCGGGUCAGACGAAGUUCGCUGAAUUUAUCUUGGGGACACCACAACUUCGGAAGCUUAUUAACAUGCGAGAUGGCAAAGGGAAAACGGCUCUACAUUAUGCAGUCCAGAAGUGUAAUCCUAGAAUAGUUGCUGCUCUGCUGUCUCACAUGGAUACAGACACAACAUUGCUUGACAAAGGAGGACUUCCAGCAGUUUGGGAAUUACGAAACACGACUGAUCGUGCCAAGACUUUAAACUGGAAUGAAAUCUGCAUGCUUAUGUCAGAAGCUGAUCCCCAAAAUAUCACCUCUCUUAAUAAUCUUCACGCGCAUGCCAAGAAAGAUGUAACUAGUGAAUCAAGGAAGGAUGCAAAGUCACUAACUCAAACAUACACAAGCAACACUUCCUUAGUAGCAAUCCUCAUGGCGACAAUCACCUUUGCUGCUGCCUUCACCCUUCCUGGAGGAUACAGCAAUGAUGCUGGAAGCCAGGGGCUUCCUGUCAUGGCAAGGAAUUUGGCAUUUCUGGCAUUCUUGAUCUCAGACACCUUAGCUAUGUGCUCCUCACUUGCUGUUGCGUUCAUAUGUAUCAUAGCGCGGUGGGAGGAUUUUGAGUUCUUGAUUUACUAUAGAUCUUACACUAAGAAGCUCAUGUGGUUUGCAUACACAUCUACAACAACAGCUUUUGCAACAGGUUUAUACACGGUACUGGCCACUCGACUCCCAUGGUUGGCUAUUAUAAUUUGCUUUCUACCGGCUUUAUUGCCUAUCUUGACGAAGCUAUUAGGGGAGUGGCCCGUUCUUAGACUCAGAUUCCGGUUGGGUCACACAUUCAAGUCAGAUCUCCUAGACAUGGUCUGAUCUACUCAAUCUGUCCUAUCGUUUUCUCCUAGUAAAUAUUCAAUUUAUAAUAUAUUGUAUUUUCUAUUUUGUA